AUGGGCGGUAAAGUCUGGUCAGUCGACGAGGAGCGCGUCUUCUGGCGUGUCAUCGUGCCACAGUCCCAGAAGCGGAUUGGAAACGGACCCGCGCACGUCAAAAACUGGGAGCAACUCGCCCCGCUGAUGCAGUCCAUCAUGGGUAUCAAAGCCAAGCGCACCUACACUCAUCUCGGUCUAUUUGAGCACUUUUUCCAAAAUAUUGAGAAGAGUCGCGUCUCGCCCAACGCUGGGAUUUUUGUGCGCGAGUAUCAGAAUGCCGUCAAAAGGGCCAACAAGGCCAGGGAAGAGGAAAAGGCCCAGGAGACCGAGUUCGACUAUGACAGUGAUGAUGCGACGACCUUCGUCAACGAGAGCCAGGACGCCGAUAGCCAGGUCGAAAACGGCCUCGGUUACCACACUGACGAGACUACCGAGGUUGAGGAUCAUUUCGAGAAUGACUCCGAGGAGGAUGCAGUGAAUGGUGACAAGAAACCCCGGCUCUUCACUCGGUUCCCCGCCAAGGAUGGUCAUUCUCAAGAUUCCCCUUUUCCACACCAGAGUGGUCGCAUCCUCGAUGCUGGCAUGGGCCAUUACAACAAGUAUGUCCCCAGCAGUUCAGUUCAGGCUCCUUUGCCUGCUGAGCGCCUUACCUUCGAGGGUCAUCGAGUUCCCACAGCCAGUAUGAGCUCUUACGGUGACUUUUUCCCGCACAUGCCAAUCCAAGCGCUUCUGUCCGCCGAGCGUUCGACUCUUGAGGGCACCUAUCGCACCAACAGCCGAGCCCCCUCUGCCGACCUGGAGCCACACAGUGCAGUUCCUGGCAUGCCGAGCCGGCCGCCUGCUGAGCAAUCGCCUCUCCCAAAAGCGCCCUUGAAAGCUCCCAAGCGCAGAAGCAACCACCGAGCUCAUCCAUACGAGGGAGACAGACUCCAGCGGCGUGGCCGUGUUCAUUCUCAGAUUCCACAAGAGAGCACUAGUUACUAUGGGGUUCCGGACAACCACCAUUCUGUGCAGCACUACUAUACGCCGAUGGAGUUUGGUGACCAGGUUCCUUCUAUGACGCACCGGAACCAUGGCUACCAUAACGAGCACUUCCAGCCGUACCCCGAGAACCAUGGCCACUCCCAGUUCGCCCAGAGUCAUCCGAUGGGCUUAUACGAUCGAUCUCAUAGCCAUCCUCACGUCCCUCACCCUCAGGUGGACUAUGCGCCCCGACAGUUAAUGGCCAACCAAUUCUUUGAUGCUCAAGAUUGGCAUUUGCUUAACCGCAACUCUCCUUCCAUGGCAGCCAACUGUGAGAGCUAUGAGAGUCGUACCUCCUCGCCAGCUGGCUAUUACGGUCGUGAAUCUGGCCUGAUGGCGCCUAACCAUGGAAGUUCCGAGAGCCGCUCUAUGUCUAAUCACGGCUACGACUCAUCCGUCCCCGAGUACCCCCAGCGCCACUCAUUUUCUGCUUCGGGUAGUUGGCAGCCUGUUCGUUAUGGCCAUCGCCAGGGUAGACACGCGGGGAGUCAUUCGAACAGCCCCCAGAUCCUCGCGGAGGAGCAUGACGGACAGCUAGAGGCUGCGCUCGGCGAAGAGAUCAAGCCGUCCGAGACUCCCGCUCAUCACUGGGCCUAG